AUGCCUCAGAACCCCAAUGCGACACAGAACGCUGUGAGGAGGAUACAUGCCACGAGCCAGCACCUCGCCUCCGCCACAACCACCGCAGCAACCUCUCCAGCACAGUAUCCUACCAGCCACGACAAAGUCUCGCAGCCACUGGACACGACCAACUUCCUUGACAACCAAUUCGUCCCUUCCAAAGCCACCCAAUGGAUCGAUCUCCACGACCCCGCGACCAACAACCUCGUCACCCGUGUGCCACAGUCGACGGAUGAGGAGCUCAAGGCGGCAGUAGACAGCGCUGAUAAGGCGUUCCCAGCAUGGAAGGCGACGAGCUUGCUGGCGAGACAACAGAUCAUGUUCAAGUAUGUGGCGUUGAUCAGAGAACACUGGGACAGACUCGCAGCCAGCAUCACGCUGGAGCAGGGCAAGACAUUCGCCGAUGCGAAGGGUGAUGUGCUACGAGGACUGCAGGUCGCUGAGACGGCUUGUGGUAUCACUACACAGAUGCAGGGUGAGGUGCUGGAGGUUGCGAAGGACAUGGAGACUCGCUCGUACCGCGAGCCAUUGGGCAUCAUUGCUGCCAUCUGCCCCUUCAACUUCCCUGCUAUGAUUCCUCUCUGGACGAUUCCUGUCGCGACUGUCACUGGCAACACCUGCAUUAUCAAGCCCUCUGAGCGUGAUCCUGGUGCUGCGAUGAUUCUGGCUGAGUUGGCUGAGAAGGCGGGCUUCCCACCGGGUGUGAUCAACAUUAUUCACGGUUCGGCGAAGACGGUGGACUUCAUCAUUGAUGAGCCUCGCAUUAAGGCCAUUUCUUUCGUUGGCUCGAACAAGGCGGGAGAGUACAUCUUCACCCGUGGCAGUGCACAAGGCAAGCGAGUGCAAGCAAACUUGGGUGCCAAGAACCACGCUGCUGUGCUCCCUGACUGCAACAAGAACCAGGCGUUGAACGCCAUUGCCGGUGCUGCAUUCGGAGCAGCAGGUCAGCGAUGCAUGGCUCUGAGCACCUUGGUUUUUGUCGGCGAGACGAAGGACUGGGCACCAGAGAUCGCUGAGCGUGUAAAGGCCUUGAGCAUGAACGGUGGCUUUGAGCCAGGUGCAGAUCUAGGCCCAGUCAUCUCUCCACAAGCGAAGAAGAGGAUCGAGGACAUCAUUGGCACUGCUGAGAAGGAGGGUGCUACGAUCGUGCUCGACGGCAGAGGCCAGAAGCCAGAGAAGUACCCCAACGGCAACUGGGUCGGCCCCACCAUCAUCGCCAACGUCACAAAAGACAUGACCUGCUACAAAGAAGAAAUCUUCGGCCCCGUCCUCGUCUGCCUCAACGUCCCCACCCUCGACGAAGCCAUCGAACUGAUCAACGACAACGAAUACGGCAACGGCACCGCCAUCUUCACCUCCUCAGGCGCCACGGCGCUCAAAUUCCAGAAAGAGAUCGAAGCCGGCCAGGUCGGUAUCAACGUGCCCAUCCCCGUCCCGUUGCCCAUGUUCAGCUUCACGGGCAACAAGAAGAGUGUGGCGGGCGGCGGUGCGAAUACUUUCUAUGGCAAGCCCGGGUUGCAGUUUUAUACGCAGUUGAAGACUGUGACGAGUUUUUGGAGGAGUGAGGAUGCGAUUAGUACGAGGGCGAAGGUCGAUAUGCCGACGCAUUCGUGA